GUCGCGAGCGAGCGAGGCGCGUCGUCAGCGUCAGCUGACCGACUCAGAUUACUUCACCGAUAGAAGUUUUGCGCUUUUCGAGCCUUUCACGUCGUCUGCCAUUCCGAGUCACGGCGAGAGACCGGCGGCGGCGACGCGUGAGGGGCGCCGCCAAUCUCAGCACACGGGCGACGACGAGUCCACAGACGGGCGGGCGCGCGCAUUCGGCAUGGACCGUGCGAAAGUGUUGCUAAUCGUGGGGUUCGUCGUGGGCGGGGUGGCGGCGACCCUAACCUCAAACCACAUUAGGGGAAAGGGCCAGGACCACACACGGCCGGGCGCGCCGGCCUUCCCCGCCGUCAUCAACACCUGGGCCCAGAACGGCUUCGAAUCUGCCGGUGCCAAAGCCUGGGAGGUGCUCUCCGAGCGAGGAACGGCCCUUGACGCAGUGGAGAGGGGCUGCACUCUCUGCGAGAAGCUCCAGUGUGACGGCACAGUCGGGUUUGGGGGAAGCCCGGAUGAGGACGGCGAGACGACUCUGGAUGCCAUGAUAAUGGAUGGUGUGUCCAUGAAUAUAGGAGCAGUAAGUGAUCUGAGACGGAUACCUAAUGCGAUAUCUGUUGCCAGAAAAGUAUUAGACCACACAGCUCAUACAAUGCUGGCAGGUGAUCAGGCAACUAAGUUUGCAAUGCAGUUGGGUUUUAAGCAGCAGUCGCUGAGCACAAAUAAAUCACUUGAAAUUUGGACACAAUGGAAGAGGAAACACUGCCAACCUAAUUUCUGGAGAAAUGUCUCACCUGAUCCAAGAAGCAGCUGUGGCCCAUACAAAGUUUUAGCCAAAAAAAGUAGGAUGGAAUCAGUGAGAAGCAGCAAUGAAAUUAACUCUCAAAACCAUGAUACAAUAGGCAUGGUUGCAAUUGAUGCAAAUGGAUUGAUUGCAGCUGGUACUUCAACUUUCUUGGCAGUAGAAGAAAUGAGGCGGGGUCAAAGCCCCAAACAGGCAGCAGAAACAGCAAUGAGACGGAUUGUUGCAAAGUAUCCAGAAUUUCAAGGUGCAAUGGUGGUUUUGAGAAAAGAUGGCCAACAUGCUGCUGUUUGUCAUGGAUUAUCAACUUUUCCAUACACCUUUGCUAACAACUCAACAGGAAAGGCCACAGUUUAUCAUGUUGAUUGCCUCUAGUGAUAUUUUACAGUUAAAAUGGAUUAUAUUUCAUUAGCUGGGAAUCAAGUAAAAAUUUAUACAAAC